AUGGAACCCCGCGGGAUCCGGAGCUCACUCGGCGUGCGCGCCCUCACCUGGGGCUCCGGGGAGGGGAGAGGAGGCGAGAGGGAGGAGCGGGCGGGGGGAAAAGGAACACUAUCGCCGGGGCUACAUCCAGGGCACUGCUCAGGAGUCAACCGGAAGAGAUUCCCCGGAAGGCGGAGAAACUGCCCGAAAGUGGCUUCACUGGCUUUGAAAGACUUUGUUGCGAAAGAGGGCGGAAAUAAGAAACUUUUAACCACGGGGAUGACAUCACUCUCCGUGGGCGAAGGGAAUGGUGGACCCAGGAGGAAGUUUCUUUUCGCUCUACGGCCUGGCCUGGGGCCCAUCCCUGGGAGGAUUUCCUGGUUCCUGGGGUGGGGUGUGAGCCAUCAAGAGAUAGGGAAACGACCGCCCCGCCCCCGCACCUGUUCCCACCGUCCCAGCCUGGAGGGGCCCUCCCGCCCCCUGCUCUCAGGUUUAGCUAUCAUGAAACUGCACCGGAAGCCUGUGCUCAGCUACUUUCGGGGAACAGGAGCCCGGGCCCCAGACCGGGAGGGAAUCUUAUUGAAGAAAGGGACCCGAAAUCCCAGCUACCAACGGCGCUGGUUCAUCCUCCGUGGAAAUCUCCUCUACUACCUGGAGCACCAAGGAGAUCGAACUCCCCUGGGCUUUAUCUUGUUGGACACCUGCCGGGUGGAGCCCCGAGACAGUACCACCGAGCCCUAUGCCUUCGUCAUCCUUGCCUCUGAGCAAGGUGGCCGGUGCUACAAACUGGCAGCAGAGAAAAAGGUUGAUUUCGACGGCUGGCUUCAAGCCCUCGGUUGGGCUGGAUGGAGCCAGCUGUGGGAGCUCCUGCAGCCCUUACAGGAGCAGUAUCAAAGAGCGUGCCGAGAAGCCGGAGUGGAACCCCAGGCCCCACCGCAGGAAGACGGGUUUCUGGGCCUCCCCUGCUCUCCAGCCCCCUCUGGCUUCCAGGAGUUGCACCAGCGCUUUGGGGAAGAGAUCCAGGCACUUGCCAGGUCCAGGGCCACCAGGAGGCAAGUGGACCUCAUGGAGUUUGGGUGAGGGAGGAACCAGAAUCCUGGGCUUGAGAGAGGAAGAAUGUAGCAGGUCUAGAGCACUUUAAGGGACAUCUGGGAUUGACACUUAAGUCUUGGGACAACUAAAAUAAAAUAGGUUCACACCUGGAAGCAAACUUCAAUAAAAGUCCCAAAGCUAA